GUUACUCCCACAGAAGUCAUGGACAGGAAAGCCAAGAGCAUUAGCUACUUCAUGCGAAGAACAAUGGAUAAGCAGCUAGUGCACUCUGGGGCUUUCAGGACACAUGCUUAACUUUGGUUUUACUCACCUUUUAAAGACUUGAACUUUCAGGCUAUUUCGAACUGUGGAUUUACUUUGUUAUACACGACAAGCUACUGAUCAUGUCAAUCCCAGAGGAGGAUCUUACAUGCCCAGUAUGCUGUGACAUCUUCACAGAUCCUGUUCUGCUGGCAUGUAGCCACAGCUUCUGCAGGAUCUGUCUGAAGCGUUGUUGGGAAACGGGCUUACGAGAGUGUCCAGUCUGCAGGAAGAAAGCCUCCAAGUCCAAUCCUCCGUCCAAUUUGGCCCUUAAAAAUGUCUGUGAGGCUCAUCUGCAGGUCAGGAAGCAGAGUUUGGUGCAGGUGGAAGACAAGACGAACUGUAAUCUACAUGGGGAAAAGUUAAAACUCUUCUGUCUGGUUGACAAACAGCCCAUCUGUGUGGUGUGUCAGUCUUCUAAACUGCACAAGACUCAUGAAUGCUCACCUGUAGAAGAGGCACUUCUGGAUUGCAAGGAUGAACUUGCUUUGUCCCUUAAGAGCUUGCAAGAUAAACUGGACAGCCUCAAAAGAAUCCACAAGACCUCUGCUGACAUGUUAAAGUACAUCAAGAGUCAGACGCUGGAAACACAGAAAAUGAUUAAGAGCCAGUUUGAGCAGCUGCAUCAAGUCCUUUACCAAGAAGAAUUAGCCCGGUUAGCUGCUUUGAAAAAAGAAGAAGAAGAGAAGAUCGCAGGAAUGAAGGACAAGGUUAAAGAACUUUCAGCAGAGGUGCUUUCCCUCAAAGACACCAUCACAAUCAUCCAGGAACAACUGAAGGAAGAAGAUAUAGUUUUACUGAAGAAUUUUAAAGCCACUCAGGACAGGAGUGAAAGCAUGGUGCUCGGUUCAGACAACAUGUCUGGGCUGAUGAUUGAUGUUACCAAACACCUCUGCAACCUCAAGUAUCGAAUAUGGGAGAAAAUACUGGACCAUGUUGACUAUACUCCUGUGACUUUAGACCCAAACACAGCACACCCCUGCCUCAUCCUGUCCGACGACCUCACUUCCCUACACUACUCAAAGCAGCCCAGCUGUUGCCCUGACAACCCCGAGCGCUUCCACAUGAGCGCUGAAGUGGUGGGCAUGACCGCACUGGGCUCAGGAAGCCACCACUGGGACGUGGAAACAGGAAGCAAUCAUGACUGGCUCCUGGGCGUGGCCUCUUUGUCUGUAUCCAGGAACGCUGAGAUUGCCGCUCGACCUGAAAAUGGCUUCUGGACUUUAUGUUUCCGGGACGGAGAACUCAGGGCCAUGACCUCUCCACCCACCCCGCUGACGGUCUCAAGAACGCCCAAACAGGUCACAGUGCAACUGGAUUACAACAAGGGAAUGGUGUCCUUUCUUGACCCGACUGACAACACGCUCAUAUACACAUUUACAAACACUUUCACAGAACCUUUGCUUCCAUAUUUCUAUACACAGAGCAGUUGUCCACUGAGAAUUAUGCCAGAGAAGGUACUUGUCACAAUGUUGAGGCAAUGAGUUGAUAAGGGAUUUAUUAUUAACUUGGAGAGAAAAUGCUUUCUUAGAGCUCUUUACGUGCAUGAAAUACAUGUCAAAAAAUGUCAAACUGGGUUUGGUGGUCUGACCUGCUGGAAUGUUACUUCUUCUAAAAAAAACAAAAAGACACGAAAUGUUCACUGUAACAUUCCAUAAAGUAAUUCAGUCAAAUCAACUCAUCUUUUCCAGUUUACUUCAUGUAAAUAUAUGAGUUUUGCUCAUAUUGUUUUGCUCAGAUCACUUUAGAACUUUAAAAACAUGAUCUUUUCUAACAUGAGGGUUAACUUCCCAGGAUGCAUUGCUAGAGAGGCUGUUUUUUUUUUUGUUGGUAGUUUGAGUAAACAGGCAUGGUGCGAACUUGCUGUGCUUCUUUAAUAUAUGUUAAAUUAACUUAUGGUUGUUUCUUUCAUAACAAUCAAAACAGAAGGUUAACACUGAUUUCAGUCUCUAGAUCUGUACACGUUGACUAUGUGACAAAAAGAUGAUUUAUAAGUAAUGAAUCAAUUCAAGUGUCAUUCAGUUACAUCUUUAAGACAGCAGAGAGACUUCUUCUUUCUAAGCUAAAUUAAUUUGAGUAUUUAUUCUUCAUCCAAUUAAUUUUGUUGCUUCAGAUGCAUAUUGUUUGCUCAUUUUUUUUGCCAAGAUAUAGAUGAGAGGAUUGUUACUACUUUUAUAUAUGUAUAAUUAAUAUAAGCAGGAGUUGAUCAGCUUAGCAUAAAGUCAGUACUCCUAAAGCUCAUAAAUGGGCAUUUUAAUAUCAAAUUAAUUUAUCUAAUACAAAACCAGACUUGAAUGUCUAAACUCAGAUGUUAAACAAGUUAUUGUAUGCAGUGUAAGUUAUCAGUUUAGCUUUUCAGUUAUUAAUUGGCAUGGCUCUUUUGUUUUUUGUUUGUUUUUUAGAUGUAUGGUGAAGGUGUUGUAAACAUUAAUUGCUCACUGUUGUGGAAAAGGCGGGAGAACACUUGCAUUUGCGUUUAAAAUAAUAUAAAUUAAAGUGGUCUGGGUUAGGGUAGCGAUGAAUUUUAGUAAACAUUUUCUUCUUUGAGCCGUGAUGAUAAAUUGGUCCAAGGUACUCACCCAUUUACUGGAAGCAAAACGUUUAUUGAGCUAUUUGUACACAUGAUGGCGCCAAACUCAAACAAAUAGUUUGAAUCACUUCAUGAAAGCAACUGAACAAUGUGUAUCUGAUGCUGUUUGUACAAAUGAAUCCCCCAGAACAAUAUUAAGUUAUUAAAAAAUGCAUAAACUAUAAACAU